AUGGGGUGCAGCAGUUCUGUAGCUGACAGAAGGUCAGAGAAUGUCAUUAGAGCUGCAAUCCUCAUCCAGAAGUGGUACCGCCUCACCAUGGCCCGCCUGGAGAUGAGGCGCCGCUAUUCCCUCAGCAUCUUUCAGUCAAUCGAAUAUGCCGAUGAGCAGGAUCAGCUGCAGCUAUCCAACUUUUUUACAUUCAUGCUGGAUCAUUGUACUCAUCCUGAUUCAGGUAACAAUAAAAAUAAAAGUAAUGUGGAGAUUGUAUUUGAAAAACUUGAUAACAGGCAAGAAAUGAGGCAUUUGGGUGAAUUUGAAAAGGAGAUUGAUGUUCCAGACUCCUAUUAUGGACCACGACUCUCAUUCCCCCUUACUGUUGAAGAUGCCAAUGCUCUCCUUCAUGCUUUCAGGAAUGAACAGCUGCUUCAUGCCCGCUAUGUGCUGCAGCUGCUCAGUGAAACUAGGAGGGUUCUCAAGGAGAUGCCAAAUAUCACCCAUCUUUCAACUUCCUACUCCAAGGAGAUAACUGUCUGUGGAGAUUUGCAUGGAAACCUGGAUGAUCUUUUGCUGAUAUUCUACAAGAAUGGUCUGCCUUCAGAACAAAACCCCUAUGUCUUUAAUGGUGAUUUUGUCGACAGAGGGAAAAAUUCUAUGGAAAUACUUAUAAUCCUAUUUGCAUUUCUUCUUAUCUAUCCCAAUGAUUUACACUUGAAUAGAGGAAACCAUGAAGACUACAUCAUGAACCUGAGAUAUGGAUUCACAAAAGAAGUUUCAAAGAAGUACAAGGACCAUUGGAAACAGAUUUUGAGUCUUCUGCGAGAUGUUUUUAGCUGGCUUCCCCUUGCCACUAUAAUUGAUAGCAAAGUUCUUAUCCUACAUGGGGGGAUUUCAGACACCACAGAUUUGGAUUUCCUGAAUGCACUUGAGAGAAAUAAGUUGAAAUCUUUGAUGCGGCCACCAAAGUCAGUGAGAAACAGACAGGACCAAGUGAAGAAGAUAAUUCCCACGACCAAACUCAGUAAACACAUUGCCAACCAGCAUGUUGCAGGGAAGACACAGCACAUCUCUUCAUCGGGCUUCACUGAGACUUCAGGUUCAAAUUUGCCUCCAGACCCCGCCCUGAAGGAAUGGAAACAAAUCCUUGACAUUCUGUGGAGUGAUCCAAGGAGCCAAAAUGGCUGUACACCAAACAAGUGUCGAGGAGGAGGCUGUUACUUUGGUCCUGAUGUCACUGCCAAGCUGUUUGAGAGAUAUAAUCUGAAGAUGCUCAUCAGGUCUCAUGAAUUUAAGCCAGAAGGUUAUGAGAUCAGUCAUGAUGGGAAGGUUAUCACCAUAUUCUCUGCCUCUAACUAUUAUGAAGAGGGCAGUAACCGGGGCGCUUACAUCAAGCUGAAUCCCGAGCUGACCCCGCGCUUUGUGCAGUACCAGGUCAGCAAGCUCACGCGCAGGCAGAAUCUCCAGGAGAGGGUAGGUACAAUUGAAUCAUCUGCCUUAAAGUCCUUACGAGAGAAGAUUUAUGCACACAGGUCUGAACUGAUCAGUGCUUUUGCACAAUACGACCUCAAUGGCACAGGCAGGAUUUCUGUCAACGACUGGGCUGCAGCGAUGGAGUCUGUCCUACAGCUGGAACUGCCCUGGAGGAUGCUGCGGUCUCAGCUAGCACAGAUGAACCCAGAUGGAGAAGUUGACUUCAUAUCUUGUUUUUAUGAUUUGAAAAUGGGUCAACCUAUAAAAGAGGCUCAGCCAGCUUUGGCAGAAACACUGUGCAGAUACAGAAAGGAUCUGGAGAUCAUCUUUAACAUCAUUGACAAAGAUCACUCAGGUUUGAUUUCUCUUGAGGAAUUCAGCCAGACAUGGAGACUGUUCACUUCUCACCUGGGCAUUGAUAUACAGGAUGACUCCAUUGACAAGUUAGUCCUCAGCAUAGACUACAACAAAGAUGGCCACAUUGACUUCAAUGAAUUUUUAGAGGCCUUUCAUGUUGUUCACAGACUUGAGAAAAAGGCAACCUCUUGAAAAGGCAGAACUUCUUGUGGGUUGUCUUGGAAGCUCAGCUUGCUGUCAUUAGUCAUAAAAGGGCUGCUUGAUAGGGUCACAGUGCAAGCCUUUAUUUAGCCCUUCCUGGAUGAUCUGUACCUGCUAAUAAUGGGAUAGAGGAGAUGAAAACCCACACUUACAGUAUUACUGUGUCACUGCCACACACUGCCAGGACCUUACAAUUCAUCCCCUCCUCUUGGCAUCUCCCCCAUCAAUCUAAUCCCUGAACAUUGCCAAGGUCAUGCCUGCAGCUGUGUAGGGAGAGAGGCUUUGGUAAGUGUCUGCCAGCAGUCCUUAGCUGAGAGCUAAUAACCACAAGGAACAUAUCAGAGCCACCCUGGUGAUGGAACAGGCACGAGAGAGCUGGCUGUGGGGUGUCCAUUGCAGGAGAGGAAAACAGGGAGGAAGCAUCUGGUUAAAAUGGAUAGUUCUGCAUUUAAUCUUGCUCUUUGCAUGAUGCAGAAAAAUUAAAUUAUUCCAGGUCAAUCUCUUAUCCUUCUAAAAGUUUAC